AUGUUAUCCUUCACCUAUAUCAAGCUGUAUUUGGGCAUCUGGGAGGACCCAGAGAGCAGAGUCCCCACCUAUGGCUUGUCUGCUGAGAUCAGCUGUGAUCACUAUGUGCCUUCUGCCCUCAACAUUGCUGGUGAGCCUUCUCCUUCUGCAGGAAACGUGUUUUUUGUGGAGACCUCAGAGCAAACUGCCCCGAGUUACCUGUUCUCAUGCUCUGUGGAGUCAGCAGCCAGGACAAACCCUGCAUCAAGAGUCGUGGUGUUCAUGAGAGGCUUGGCCAAAAAGAACACCUCCUUACCCAAGCACUGGGCUUUCUCCUUGCUGAGCUGCUUCCCCAAUGUGGAAUUCCGACCCCUGAACUUGAUAGAGCUCUUUUCUGGAACACCUCUGGCACAGUGGUACUUGUGGCCUCUGCGGCACUGGGAGCCUUAUUUUUUCCCUGUCCUGUCUGACGCCUGCAGGAUUGUCCUCAUGUGGAAAUUUGGUGGCAUUUAUCUGGAUACAGACUUCAUUGUGCUUAGGAACUUACAGAACCUCACCAAUGCCCUCGGGAUUCAGGAUCAUGAUGUACUGAAUGGGGCCUUUCUGUCCUUCAAGCCCAAGCACAAGUUCAUGGAGCUCUGCAUGCAGGACUUUGUGCAGGAUUACAAUGGCUGGGUCUGGGGGCACCAGGGCCCAGAGCUCCUAACUCGUGUCUUCAAGAAGUGGUGUCAUAUCCGGACUAUUGAGAGCAUGAGCUGCCAAGGUGUGAGGGCUCUUGCCCCAGAAGUUGUUUAUCCUAUUCCCUGGCAGGGCUGGAAGAAGUUGUUUGAGGCAGUCAGUGCCUCAGAGUUUCACAAACUCCUUCAGAACACCUAUGCAGUGCACGUAUGGAACAAACUGAGCCAUAAGACCAAGUUAGAGAUCCCCUCCCAGGCUCUGCUGGCUCAGCUCUAUUCCCAGUUCUGCCCUGCCACCUAUGCAAAGAUGAAACAGGACUCUGAACAGUUGUCAAGGCGUGCAGUGUGACCUGUGGGCCCUUGGCUGCAGGGAUGUUCCCCAGACUGAAGGAAACAGAGUGCCUUUGACCUUCCCCACAGCUGGUUUUUAGACCCCAGAGCAGGUGUUCUGUGUGACAGCUCUCUGGUUUUGUGCCUAAUGCCCCUGGUAUCUGCCUCACAUCCUCUGUGUUUCAAAUUUACAGCAGAACCUGAGUUCAGCCUCUCUUGCUGUCCUUCAGGGCCAGGGAAAGGGUGAACUUGUUCAUCAGUGUCCUUCAGCUGAUGAACUCUCUUGGUGUUUUCCAAUGGCUCCUCCUGUGAAUCCUGGCCUGAGCAGCCCCUUGUGAUGUUUCAACUAUAGGGGCCCCUGCCUUGCUCUCUGUGGCAUUUGAAAUUUUUAGAAAAUAUUCUGUGUUGGAGGGGACCCACAACCAGCAUGUGUCCAACCCCUGGCCCUACUGGGGAGCAGGACAGCCCCAACAAUCAUGCCCUGCACGUGACAGCUUCGUCCUUGGGGCUGUGACCUUUCCCUGAGGAGUCUAUUCACUGCCCCACCACCCUCUGGGGAAGACCCUUCUCCUGACACCCACCCUAACCCUGCCAUGACACAGCUCCAGCUGUUCCCUGGGUCCAUACAGCAGGGGUGCCCUGUCCCAGGGGCAGAAUCCAGCCUUGUCUUUGUUGAACUUCGCACAACUGGAGAUUGCCCAGCCCUGUCCUUUAUCCAGGGCUCUCUGCAGGGCCUCUUUGCCCUUGAGGGAGUCAACAGCUCCUCUCAGUUUUCUAUCAUCUACAAGCUUACUCACUAUCCCUUCCUGUCCUGCAUUGAAGCUUUCAAUGAGGAUUUUUAAGAGGAUGGGGCCUAAGAUGGCGCCCUGUGGGACCCCACAAGUGACAGACUGCCAGUCUGCUGUCACCCCAGUUGCUGUCAUUCUUUGUGCUACACCAGUGAGCAAGUUGCUGACCCAUCACACGAUGUGUUUAUCCAGCUGAUAACUGAGUUAGAUGAUAUCCGUAGCUUUACUGAAAUCCAGAAAGAUUACAUCUACUGAUGUGUUUUGAUCAACUGGGUGGGUUACCUUAGCAUGAAAGGAAAUUAGUUUUCAUAAGCAGGGCUGUCCUCUCAUGAAGAUGUGCUGGCUGUGACCAGUGACUGUGUUGUCCUUCAGGUGUUUUUCAAUACUUCCCAGAAUAAUCAUCAUCAUCUCCAAAAUUUUACCAGGCACUGGAGUGAGAUUGACAAGCCUGUAGCUUCCAGGGUCAUUCCUCUUGCCCUCUUUAAAACUGGGACCUCUCCAGAUUCCCAAGACUGUUCAAAAAUUAUCAAGAGAUGCCUUGUGAUGAUAUCAGCCAGUUCUUUAUGUAUUCUCAGAUUAAUCCCAUCACACCCCAUAGAUUUAUGGGGAUCCAGCUGGAGCAGCAGAUCCCUCACACCUUCAGGGUUAACUCAGAGUUUAUCAUUCUCAUAAUCACUCUUGCUUAGAGUGCUGGGACUUCCUUAGUCCAUGAUCAGUGUUGAAGACAGAGGCAAAGAAAGCAUUAAACAUCUCUGCCAUGUCCAU